AAUUUAAUUUUAUUCCAAAUUCCAAUUGCCUUUUGCAGGGUUUUACAUUACUACGGUGAGCUCAGCUUGCUUCUUCUUCUCUCUCAACGCUCAUCAUUCUCUUGACGAUUUUCUUCUGCUAUCUCCGUUUAGGUUAUAACUACUUGACAUGGGAAGUAAAGGUCGAAUGCCACCACCUCAUCUAAGGCGGCCUCUUCCAGGCCCUGGCAUAAUGCAUCCUGACCCAUAUGGUCCUGGAAUACGUCCGAUGCCAGGUGCCUUCCCUCCAUUUGACAUGUUGCCGCCUCCAGAAGUUAUGGAACAGAAAAUUGCUGCUCAACAUGUGGAGAUGCAGAAGCUUGUGACGGAGAACCAGCGGCUUGCCGCUACUCAUGGAACCUUGAGACAAGAACUUGCUGCAGCGCAGCAUGAGUUGCAGAUAUUGCAUGCUCAAAUAGGGGCUAUGAAGUCUGAGAGAGAGCAACAAAUGAGAAGCCUUACUGACAAGAUUGCCAAGAUGGAGGCUGAUUUAAAAGCUGCAGAGCCUGUUAAAUUGGAGUUGCAGCAGGCAAGGACAGAUGCUCAGAAUUUGGCUGUAGCAAGAGAGGAACUUAUUUCUAAAGUUCAUCAACUAACUCAAGAUCUUCAGAGGACCCAUGCAGAUGUGCAGCAGAUACCAGCUCUGAUGUCAGAACUUGAUGGCCUCAGACAAGAAUAUCAUCAUUGCAGGGCUACUUAUGAAUAUGAAAAGAAAUUUUACAAUGACCACCUUGAGUCACUUCAGGUGAUGGAAAAGAACUAUAUUACCAUGGCAAGGGAAGUGGAAAAGCUUCGGGCCGAGUUGACAAAUGUCUCUAAUGUUGAUAGAAGAGCUGGUGGGCCUUAUGGCAGUGCAACUGGAAACAACGAAAAUGAUACUUCUGGACAUCCUGCAGUACAAAAUGCUUAUGAAGAUGGUUAUGGUGUUCCCCAGGGGCAUGGCCCUCUCCCUCCUGCUAGUGCUGGUGCUAGUACUGGUGCCAAUGCUAGUGUUGGUACUCCUGUUUACGUUGGAGCUCAAUCUGGGCAUCCUCCUGCAAGGGCUGGUUAUGACGUACCUAGAGCACCUGGUUAUGAGCCAUCAAAAGGACCUGGUUAUGAUGCACAGAGAGGUCCUAAUUAUGAUGCACAAAGGGGUCCUAACUAUGAUGCACAAAGAGGACCUAACUACGAUGCACAAAGGGGGCCUGGGUAUGACAUUCAUAGAGGUCCUGGUUAUGACACACAAAGAGGUCCUGCUUAUGAUGCGCAGAGAGGACCUGGCUACGACCUACAAAGAGUAGCUGGGUAUGAUCCACAAAGAGUAGCUGGUUAUGAUCCACAAAGAGGGCACGGUUAUGAUGUGCAAAAAGGACAAGCUUAUGAUAUGCAAAGAGGACCUGGAUAUGAUUCGUCUAGGGGCACUAGCUAUGAUGGACCAGCUAGAGGUGCCACUGCACCACAUGGCCAAGUACCUCCUCUGAGUAAUGCACCUUACGGUUCUGCAACACCACCUGCCCGAUCUGGAAGUGGGUAUGAGGCACCAACUCGAGGUGGAAAUGCUGCUCGGAGAUGAGCAUGAGAUUCCCGCACUCACAUCAAUAUUAAUAUAUCCUUUCUCUAUAGUACUGCCAUCACAAGCCGCGGCUCAUUGCUGGUUCAUCUCUGUUUCCUGUCCAGUCGAGUAUAUUGCCGUAUAUGGAGAGUAUUGAAUUGAGGCAGAUUGCUGCCCCUUGUUUUAGGAGUGUAUUGCAUCGCGCCGCGCUGCGCCUCACUUCCAAGCCAUUUGGUGAUGUUUACUCUUUUUUCUUUUUUCUUUUUUAAAUUUAAUGAUUGAGUAGAAAUUUACACUUUUACAGGCAACUGGCAAUAGUUUCCAUCAUUGUAGUGGAUGUAUCCAAAAUAUGAAUGCACAUAAAAUGGUAUAACAUUGUUAAUUAUUCAAAUC